AUGCAAAGCAAAUUCCUCCAAGAAACGAGGCCAAGGAGUAAAAGAGGGAAAGAUGCUGUUGCCUCUGCCAAAGAAUGUUUUUAUGAAAGUUUUUACAAGUGGGUCAUACUGUCCAUGGUUAAUGACGUGUUCUCUGUUGUUACCAGUGACUCAUUGAUAAUGAAUUUUGGAAAGAGGCUAUUUGACAACAAAGACAUUCAAGAGCACACGCCUAAUCAUAUAAAUGGCAGAAUGAGGGAGUUAGGCAGACUUAUGUUGGAAACCAGAAAACUUCCUUCACCCAUUUUCAGUUUGGAAGAUUGUCUGAAUCCUCUCAAUUUUUAUACCAUUGUUUCUUGUGUGAAAUCUCUAGCAGGAUUUAAUGAAGAUACCUAUUUCUACACCACACCCUCAUUAGCUUUAAAGGUAGGAUACAGCCUUCAACGGUGUGCUAAGAUUCUGGAGUCUAAUGAUAUUACAGAAAAAAAUCAGAGUAAGAAAGAAAAUGGUGAAAAUUUUCUUAAGCUGUACUCCUCCAAUUGGAAUUAUUUGAUUUCUUCGCGUGCCAGGCAGACACAAGAAGAAAAGAAGUGCAAUGCACCGAAAAUGCUGCCUCUGAGUCAAGAUGUUUACAUGUUGACUAGAUUAUUGAAAUCAAAGAUGAGGACCAUGAUGCAGCACCUGGUAGAUGAUAUUUCAAUCUAUUUUGAGCUGUUAAAAGUAACUCUUUGCCUGGUUACACUAUUUAAUAGGAAACGUGGUGGAGAUGUCCAAAGAAUUACCGCAGCAACCUAUAAACAUGCGCUGAAGAUGCAGAACAGCUUCCUAUUUGACAAUGAGGUCAGGUCAAGUCUUUCUACACUUGAAAGAGCACUUAGUCCAUCAAUGACUCGCAUUGAAAUAAAAGGAAAGCAAGAGAGAAAGGUUUCAAUCAUUUUAACAAAGGAUAUGCUUUCAAGUAUCAACCUUCUGUUAGAGAAGAAGGAGGAGGCAAGUGUUGUUGGAAAAUAUGUAUUUUCCAGGAAAUCACCUUCCACAAGGACAUACAGAGCAAGAGAUGUAUUGCGGGAAAUGUGUUUGAAGGUCAAUCUCAAGUAUGCAGACCUGAUCACGUAUACAAAUUUGCGAAAACACAUUGCCACUAUGGCCCAGGUACAUGAACUGAGCGAAAAUGAAAAGGACCAGCUAGCCAAGUUUUUGGGUCAUGAUAUACGCAUACACAGAGAAGUAUACAGACAGCCUCUGGACUUGGUCCAAAAAACAAAAAUUACCAAGAUGUUACUUAGAGUAAAUGAAGGGCUAGAUAUAGAGAAAAUGACUUUCAAUGAGGAAGGUUAA